UUAACUUCUCUGUGCCUCAGUUUCCUCACCUACCAAGCGCAGACAGGAUCGUCCAUCUCCCUCCCGGACGGCGUGGGACAGGGACCGGGGCCGGCCCGGUCGUCUCACCCUCAUCCGAGCCCUCAGCGCGAGGCGUCGAGACCAGCAAACCUUGUGACUCUUGAGUCUCGGGGAGGAGGGGUCGAAGCCGGGAUGUUUAACCCUCUGGCUCCUCAGGACCUCAGGAAAGAGCCGAGGUUCUGUGGGUGUUCCCGGGAAGCCGCCAUGUCCCUGGACUGCGUCCAGACCCAAGUCGAGACCCAGGUCGACUACACCGUGUUCUGCCCCCGCCAGACCUCCUGGGGGGUGGGCCUGCAGGUGCUGGCCGUGAUAGGGAUAGUGGUCACGGUCAUCCUGCUGGCGGUCCUGCUGGUCCUCAUGCGGAGAGUCCGCGACUGCGGGCGGCGGAGCGUGCUGGCCACUCAGGUUCUCUUCCUGCUGGGGUUGCUGGGCCUGUUCGGGCUGACCUUCGCCUUCCUCCUCUGCCUCGACCGCUGCACAGGACCCACUCGCUUUUUCCUCUUCGGGGUGCUCUUCGCCAUCUGCUUCUCCUGCCUGCUGGCCCACACCCUCCACCUGGCCCGCCUGGCCCGCGGCUGCUGCCCGUUCUCGUGGCUGCAGCUCCUGGGCAUAGCCGUGGGCUUCAGCCUGGUGCAAAUCAUCAUCGCCACCGAGUACGUCACCCUCACCCUGACCAGAGGAGUGGUCCUGGCUGAGAUGGCCCCGGAGGCUCUCUGCCUGGACUUCGUCCUGCUCCUGGUCUACGUCCUCUUCCUCAUGGCCCUAGUCCUCCUGGCGUCCGUGGCCGCCGCCUUCUGCGGGCCCUGCUCCGGCUGGAAGCGUCAGGGCCUCCACAUCUGUGUCACCAUCAUCUUUUCUAUUGCCAUCUGGGCCUCGUGGAUCUCCCUGCUGCUCAGGACCCCCGGCCGCCCCUGGGACAACCCGGUCAUAGCCAUCGCCCUGGUGGUCAACGCCUGGGUCUUCCUGCUGACCUACAUGGUGCCCGAGAUCUGCUUCCUCUGCUCCUCCUGCCGGGCCCCAGCCGGGGGCCGCCCUUGCCCUGGCCCACCCUUUGGGCUCAAGACUGAGGUCUGCACGCAGGAGCUCACGCAAGUGACCCUGCCUGGACCAUCCUGAAUCUGUAGAGAAGAUGGAUCCCCUCCCCUCCCCUGGGCUCCAGCAGGCCACCACGGAUGACCCCAUCCCCAAUCCCUCUGCUCAUCCCCUGACGGUGCCAUCUCCUCUCUCCAGACCGUGGAGUCCGGAUAUGACUGUUGGAUCCCUCGCGCCCGGCUCCCCCCAGACACCGGGAUCCGGGAGUAGCCUGUGUCGGUGGUCUGCCGUCAUCCAUCCCCGACGGCCCAGAAGAGGGGCUCGAGCUUGAUGGAGGCUGGGAAACCUUCUGGCCUAAAACCAAGCUCCAAAUGGUCAUCUCGUCACUCCACCUGCCCCACAGGCUCCUCCUUUUCCUCCUCAACUGGCCCCUGGCCCCCCACUUCCUGCUUUCUCCCUGUACCCUUCCUACCCCAAGUUGCAAAAGUAAGGAUGGCAGUCAUUUGCCACUGACUCCUGUUACAUUAC